UCGAUCUCCUCGUCCUUCUCCAGCAGGCGGCGCUCGGCCUCGUGGCGGAACUGGCCGAGCUCGGCGGCCAGCCUCUGCGCACGCUGCUCCUCAGCCUUGCGGCCCUGAUCAAACAAAAUAAACCUUGAAUACAUUGCGGUCCCUAUGCUCCACCAUGGGCUCUUCACCGCCCUACUUCCCCGCGCGGGACAGCCCCAGCAUCCUCGAGCCCGUCGAGGACCCCUCCCCGCCCCGCUCCCCCUCCCCCGUCCUCCGCGCCCCUCCCCCAUGCGGCUCCAGCACUCCGGCACCUUCACGCCCCGGGACUACAGCAACGGCAGCUUCCCCAACGAUGACAACAAGUCCAACUCCAUAGUUGGAGUUUUUCCAUCACCUUACACCUACGAUCCUGAAGAAAGCGAUUCCAGUUUAGCGCAGUGGCCGAGGCGAGACAAUGCAGCCCCGAGCCCUUUCGUCUCCAACGAAAAAAGGAAGUUCAGCACAGCUACGUCUAAUGAGGAAUCCAACUCAUUACCUGAGGUUAUUGUGCGUGGGGAAGGCAGCGAACGCGGAGAGGAUACAGAUGAACCGCCAGCGAAGAUCAGAAAGGUAACAAACUGUGCUACUAUUGUCGCCUGCCUGACGGGAAUAACAACAAGAAAUGGCGGCUCUUCUGAAGAAAAUUAAAGAUAAAAGUUCUAGAGGUCUUAAGAUCAACCAUUCCAAGAAAAAAGUAAUGGUAGUAGACAGGGCAUUCACCCAGUUACCGACGCACUCGGCGAUCGGCGAUUACGAAAAAGCGAGCUAGUUUGUAUAUCUUGGGUUGAUAACCAGUGCCGGUGGUUGCACCACCGAGAUACGCCGCAGAGUUGGCAUGGCUAAUGUGCUAUGGUUAACCUCGACAAGAUCUGGAAGAACAGAGGUAUUCGACGUGCGACUAAAGUGCAUGUGGUCGCGAUCCUCAGCAAUGAGAAAACAAGAAAGAAGACGCGUCUCAGUAAGAAAAACCGUUAAAAGGAAGCCAUAGCAGUCCACUAAGUCUAGCAAAUUUCAAGGAUUUUGGAGUCCGACAUUUUUAAUACGAUAAGCCAUGGAAAUCAUGAGAAAAUGGAGAGUUACAGAUCGGAUCGUAGGUCAUUGGGACCAGGUAAUCCCUUACUGUAGGUUACUAGUGAAAUCAAGUUAUUAUACUUUAAAAAAUCUGUAGGGGUCGGAUUAAAAACUAAGUAAUUAAGUCCGACUCACGCUUGACUGCACAUUUCUAAUAGGUUUUCCUGUAAUCUAUAGGUAAAGAGCCAUUUUGUAUAUUUUUUUCAAAAAUUUUGACCCAUCAGUA